GCGGAUUUGAGCCAAGAUGGCGGCUGCGGGUGGAGAGUCUGGGCUUUUAACUGAAUCGAUGGACGACGCAUUUCAGAUAUUUUAUUCCGAGGUGAAGCAGAUUGAGAAGAGGGACUCGGUGUUGACCUCCAAGCAGCAGAUAGACCGACUGCUGAGACCGGGAUCGUCCUACUUCAACCUAAAUCCGUUCGAGGUAUUGCAGAUUGACCCAGAUGUUACAGAUGAAGACAUAAAGAAAAGGUUCCGACAGCUGUCAAUUCUAGUCCAUCCAGAUAAGAACCAGGAUGAUGCGGAGCGAGCUCAGAAAGCUUUUGAAGCUGUGGACAAGGCUUACAGAUUGCUUCUGGACUCGGAGCAGAAGAAACGUGCUGUUGAUGUGAUCCAGGCAGGAAAGGAGUAUAUUGAGCAUAUGAUGAAGGAGAAGAAGAAACAGCUGAAGAAGGAAGGAAAGCCUACAACUGUUGAGGAGGACGAUCCUGAAGUGUUCAAACAGGCAGUUUACAAGCAGACGAUGAAGCUUUUUGCUGAGCUUGAGAUCAAGAGGAAGGAGAGGGAGGCCAAAGAGAUGCAUGAGAGGAAACGACAGAGGGAGGAAGAGAUUGAGUCACAGGAGAAGGCAAAGAGAGAGAGAGAAUGGCAGAAGAAUUUUGAGGAAUCAAGGGAUGGACGGGUAGACAGCUGGAGGAAUUUUCAAGCUAAAGGCAAGAGCAGCAAAGAGAAGAAAAUGCGCUCCUUCCUGAAACCUCCAAAAGUGAAAAUGGAGCAGAGGGAGUGACUUCCAGGCCAGGGGUGGGAAGUGUUUGUUAGGGGAGGGCAGGUUAAUGGUGGCUUUGGGGUGGCAAAGUCCUAUUAUAGUGUGAGAAGGAUCUCACAAGACUAUUCCUGUGCUGUACUAUAUGGCAGAAUCCAUCAGAUAAAGUAUAGUCCUGUCUUCAGACAGUGUGUAGUGUGGUGUUUUUUAUUUGCUUGUAUUUAUAAUAAUCAGUUAUCUGACUCAGUGCACUGUCUCAGUAGAAUAAAUACAAAUCUUACCUUUUUUGUUUACUGUUACUUUGUCUACCACAGCCCUAUCUCAUAGUAGACUCCCAUUCCCCUGCACUGAUUCUGUAGUUUUCCUUCCUUUUCCAGUUGGUCGGGUGGGAGUGUACACCAUCUCUCGCUGUUCUUUUUCUAUGAACACAGUGAAGGUGUGUGAGCAGAUCCUGUGCGUGUUAUGUGCUGCUACAGAGCCCCAGCUGGUACAAAUACUGUCAGCAUCUCUUCUGGACAUCAUCUCCCCAUAAAUCAGUGAUGUCUUUCUGGUUCCUGAAGUUCCACUCUUCACCUUUUUGUGUUAUGUUAAAUGUCAGAUUCUGUAACUCAUGCUAUAUUAAUAAAAAAAUUACAUCUUUUCUUAAGUGGCUUUUGGUGUGUUUUAUGGUGGUGGUUAAAUGUCCAAAGAGUUUCUUUGUAAUCCGUUGGUUCAGAUCUGCUCAAGUCAUGCAUCUGUAGCACAAACAGCACAGUGACAACUUUUUUCAGGGUGAGACUUUGGGUCCACUUGGGAGAUGUUCUUAGGACAAUUCUCUCAUGUCCACUGGCAUUCUGUCUCUUAAAGGGUAGUCUU